ACGUGGACGCCCAAGAGAAAGAGCGCACAUUUUCAAAAAUGGAGAUGUCACCGUUUUGGAGGGGAUUACAACAACACGACGCGUUUGCCCUUUGAGAAUUGCUUGGACGGACAUCGAUGAAAUGAUUACUUCAACACAAUUUUACAUGCAUUUGUAACGACAAAAACACGCAUGAUGAGCGUUUCGAUCGGCGGUCGAAUUGAGGACUUUGAAGUCCUCACCCUCCUGGGCAAAGGCUCAUUUGCCUGUGUUUACCGGGCAAAAUCGCUCAAGACGGGUCUGGAGGUUGCCAUCAAAAUGAUUGACAAAAAAGUCAUGCAAAAAGCCGGGAUGGUCCAGCGUGUGACAAACGAGGUCGAGAUUCACUGCCGGUUAAAGCACCCUUCCGUACUUGAGCUUUACAAUUAUUUUGAAGACAGCAACUAUGUGUACCUGGUUUUGGAGAUGUGCCAUAAUGGGGAGAUGGGCCGCUACCUGAAAGAACGCAAGGUGUCAUUUUCUGAGGAGGAAGCGAGACACUUCAUGCAUCAAAUAGUGAAAGGGAUGCUCUACUUGCACACCCACGGCAUCUUGCAUCGGGAUCUGACCUUGUCCAACCUGCUGCUCAGCGACAACAUGAACAUUAAGAUCGCAGACUUCGGCCUGGCCACCCAGCUCAAACUCCCCAACGAGAAGCACUUCACCAUGUGCGGGACGCCCAACUACAUCUCCCCCGAGGUGGCCACACGGAGCGCUCACGGCCUGGAAUCCGACGUCUGGUCCCUGGGCUGCAUGUUCUACGCCUUCCUCGUGGGCCGCCCCCCGUUUGACACGGACACGAUCAAGCACACGCUCUCCAAGGUGGUACUCGGGGAUUACAAAAUGCCUGGCCACAUUUCACCGCAGGCCCAGGAUCUGAUCCAUCAGCUUCUGCAAAGGAAUCCCGACUACCGACCCAGCCUGUCCACGGUGCUGGACCACCCUUUUAUGACCCAGAAACCGUUGGGCAGAACCAGAAGACAAAAUCUGUCCCCAGGUGACGAUGACUCCAUGGACAGCGGUAUCGCCACCAUCUCCACCGGCUGCACCUCCUCCACGUCGGGCAGCAGCGGCAGCCGUCUCCAGAGGAGGACGAGGCACGUCGUCAGCUCAGCGCUGCCCAACCGCUUGCCGGCCGUACAAGGUCUUCCGUUCCAGCCUGGUCGGAUCUGCUUUGAGGACAGGGAUCAGCGGCAGCAGCAGCCGCAGCAGCAGUCACUGGACAGGUUCCCCAACGAUGGCAGGGGCAGGCUGCCUCAUGGAGGAGGGAGUGAGCACCUCCACCCUCACUACCUACGUCGAGCCCACUCCACAGAUCGCUACGGCUCCUCCAGACCGCACCAAGGGCCCGAUCAGGCCGAGCAGGGCCGGUCUCACUCGGAAGAAUCACUGACAGCUAUUGGAAGACCGCUUUUCCCCUUGUCCUCCACUCCAUUCCCGGAACAUGAGCAGACCCCUUCACCUCCUGUCAAGGAGUUUGCAAACCCAGCGUACUUGUUCUCCGCACAGACGGCACAUCCACCAAGGCUUCAGUAUCAGGACAUGGAGGGAGUUACGAACUGGCUCAAUAACGAUGGAUCUGGUCGAAGGCCCAUUGACAGAAGCACUCACAACAGCGGCGUCAGUUUGCACAGCGACAGAGGACACGGCUCGCGGACGGAAAAGCCCGUGAACCGGUCCGCCGACCCCCAUCGCGGCCCGCAGCGCCCCCACCCCUCGAACGUGGACGUGUACCAGAGAGAGAAUAUACCCGGAACCCACCUCCAGCCUCCUCACUGCUCGUCCUCCACCUCCUCCUCCUCGCAGUUGCUCUCGGUCAAAACCAACGGUGACGAGAAGAAGACUCUGAACGACCUCGUCCCCCCUCUUUGUACCUCCAGGCUCAAGCCCAUCAGACAGAAAACCAAAACUACUGUUGUGAGCAUCCUGGACACGGGCGAGGUCUGCAUGGAGCUCUUAAAGUGCCUAAAUGGACAGGAGAGGGUCAAGGAAGUCAUUCGGAUUUCCUCAGAUGGGUCAAAGGUGACAAUAUACCAACCCAUUGGUGGUAAAGGCUUUCCUGUCCUGGACUCCCCGCCUGCUCCCCCAAAAGAAGUCUUCAUUUACAAAUAUGAGGAUCUUCCAGAAAAAUACUGGAAAAAAUAUCAGUACGCCUCCAAGUUUGUGCAGCUGGUCAAAUCCAAGACCCCCAAAGUGACCCUCUACACCAAGCACGCAAAGGUCAUGUUGAUGGAGAACUCCCCCAACGCUGACCUGGAGGUCUGCUUCUAUGACGGGGCAAAGAGCCAUAAGACGUCGGGGCUGCUGCACGUGGUGGAGACGAGUGGCAAGUCGUACACGGUGAAGAGCGAGGUGGACCUGAGCGGCCUGAGCGCCGAGAGCCGGGUGUAUGCCAAGUUGGCGGAUGAAGGCCACCACUUAUGUCUGUCUCUGGAAGCUGCCAUCGCGGGGGAGGAGAGACUCACUCAGAAAGGUCCCUUCUUCCCCAUCAUCAUUGGAAGGAGGCCCGUCAUCCCUGAAUCUCCGCUGACAACAUCACUUCCUUCCCAGCAUGCUCCUCCUGCUCACGUUUCACCUCCCCAACCUCCAAAAAUCACUCCUUCGAUGAUUUCCUACGAUGGCUCCGACUUCACCUCAGCCAGUCUGAGUAAAAAAAUCUCUCCAGUGUGUCAGGGCAGCCUUCAGUACACGGCCAAAGUGGUCAAGUCCAUUUUUGUGCCUAAUGUGGGCUGGGCUUCGCAGCUGACGAGCGGCGAAGUGUGGGUGCAGUUCAACGACGGCUCUCAGCUUUUGGUCCAGGACGGUGAUUCCAGCAUCAAGUACACCUCUCCGGAUGGACGCGUCACCAGGUACAAGGAGAACGUCAAGCUUCCUGAGCACAUCAAGGAGAAGGUGCAAUGCCUCUCCGCCAUCCUCACCCACUUGGCCAACGCGGGAUUUCAUCAUCAACAAACACAUUAGCAUUAACUUCUUCACCCUCUUGUAAAUAUCUACGUGUUUCUGUAUGUUAGAAAGCUUUAUUCCGUUUUAUUUUUUACAUGUACAGAGGAAUAUGGAAAAUAUUUAAUUUUUAUGAAGUGAUCGUUUUGUGUUGUAGCCGUGCAUUAUGUGGAAUUGUGGCAUUCGUCAAGCAAGGGGCCAAUAAAUGUCUGUAGGCUUGGUUUUCAA